CUAGGCAACGAUCCUGACCGUCGGAUCAUGGCACAGGGCACUCUAGCGAUUCUCGAACCGAACAGACCGGGCUUCGCCGUGAGCUGCCCUUCCCCUCCGCUUCGAGGCCCCGAAGACGGCGGCGGCAGCAGCAGCAGUGAAGGAGAGGGCGAAAGAUGGCCUUUGUCAAAACUCAGAAGACCAAGGCUUACUUUAAGCGCUUUCAAGUCAAGUACAAGAGAAGGAGAGAGGGCAAGACUGAUUACCGUGCACGGAUCAGGCUGAUUAACCAGGACAAGAACAAACCAACAAGGAUAUUGCUGCACAAAUUAUAUCUGCAAGCAUUGCUGGUGAUCUAGUCCUUGCAUCUGCUUACUCUCAUGAACUUCCAUGCUACGGACUCGAAGUUGGUCUUACCAACUAUGCUGCAGGCUACUGGAGAGGACUUCUCUGUUGAACCUGCUGAGAGCAGGAGGCCUUUCCGUGCUCUUCUUGAUGUUGGCCUUGUGAGGACAACAACUGGCAACCGAGUUUUUGGUGCUCUUAAAGGUGCAUUAGAUGGUGGACUUGAUAUCCCUCGUAGUGACAAGAGGUUUGCUGGUUUUAAGAAGGAUGAGAAACAACUUGAUGCAGAAGUUCAGGAAUUACAUCUUUGGAGGUCAUGUUGCGUCUUACGUGAAGGUCGGUGA